AACGACCCAUUAUAAACUUCUGGUAAUUGGAUUAUGAGUUAACGAUUACUGUAUGUAAAGCCGCAGACGAAUUAUUUUCAUUAAUUUCCAAUGACUUCGAAGAUAAAAGUGAUAAUAAUAAUUAUUUGCAAUAUCAAAAUAACCUCAUCUAAUAUGACCGGCAAUUUAAUCAAUGGAGUUGCUUCCGAUAUUAAAGACUUUCCACAUUCUGCAUAUUUGGCUAUAGAGUGUAGCUCAAGUCGUGGAGCAGGUUACUUUUCGUGUGGCUCCUCUAUAGUGAAUCAAGCUGUUUUGUUGACUGCUGGGCAUUGCAUCAUUGGGUGCCAUGAAAACGUUGACGCUUUUGCUAUAUUCGGACAUCAGCAGAGAGAUAAGGGAAUGGUUGCAAACGUGUCGCAUAUCAAACUGCAUGAAGAUCAUUUCGAGGGUUCGUUGUCAAACGAUGUAGCUCUAGUGUUGUUAAAGAAAAGUUUGAAAUUUAGUUAUACAGUUAGAAGAGUGGCUUUAAUGAGACGUCCACCAACCGUGGAUGAUGCUACUGUUGCUGGUUGGGGGAAAAUAGAUGAGCUGUCAAACGACGUGUCUAACAUCCUGAUGAGCACACAACAGAAAAUUCUGCUCCCGUCGACUUGUACUUUUACCAUGAACAACCCGGCUGGUACUUUCUGCGCCGAUAGUAGGCCUGGUACAGGUAUUCCUGCAAGAGCUGAUUCGGGCAACGCCUUGGUAAUCAAUGACUUUAUCCAGAUAGGACUUGUCUCCUACAUGGACCCCCAUAUUUCUAAGAGGAUCACUGUGUACACCAACAUCAGCUAUUUUUACGGUUGGAUAAAAUAUAACGCUAGGAAAUUAUUUUGUACAGGAAAAAAUUGUAAAUUGCACGAAAAGGUAAGAUCCAGCACGGGGGUCACAGCCUCUGUCCCUCAACCGACGCCCGAUCUCUCUGACCAGCUUUUUGGCCUCGGCGCACCAUGGCCCAGCCGUUUCGACAGCAACCGGAAUGAAGUCGUACACUGGUCCAAGAUGAACGGUUACGAGGAAAGAAUACAAGAUAAAGUAAACGAUAUCGUCACCGCCUUCCUCAUGUACUGA